GCGGUUCUCCUGACAUUCUGGUGCAUUUCCAGGAUACAAACCGCGUCGAGAGAGCGGUUGGGGUAACCAGUGGGGAAAUCCUGUCAAGGAAUGCCGAUUAUAUCUGUGUCGUACGUUCACGAUGUCACAAUGCAGCAAAUGCGUGUUACUCCUUUAACACCAUUUCGGCGAGCGGAAUAAAUGCAUACCCCUCUUUUUGGUUUUUCACAGAUGCAUGGCCUUCGCCGGCAAGCUUUGGCGAUGCAAACGUAGACGGUUCAAAUCAUCCGUUCUUGUCGACAGAUGUAAAUCACGAUGGGACGGGCAUGCACUGCCGGUAGAUGCUCCCGUUGCACUUUCUGGGCCUAUUCGGAUUGCUCAUUUUGGUUAUGCGAAAACACACGCACUUCAGAUGCAUGCGUCAGGGAAGCGAAACGGCCUGGACCACUGCGGCAGAGUAGAUGGUGUGAAGCCAUGA